UUACAAUCAAAGGAAAAUUAUAGAGUGAAGAGAGUGAACUUGACUAAGACAAGCAUGGCUGUGAAGCUCAUUUACCUCUGUCUCUUCGUAUACAUUGUCCUACUAAUUUCAGAAGGGGUGGCUACUACUCAAGGUCGGACUAUGACCGCAACUGCGAGAGGACGAGGUGGGAAGAGUGGUCGGACGGAAUGGUUAUACGUAGCCGGAGAAUGUGCUAAGUUACCACGUUGCAACAAAUAUUGUGUCUCUAAUGGGUUUCAUCUUGGUGGGUUUUGUAAGAAAUUGUCACCUCAAGCUUCCUCUCUUUUUUGUGUUUGUAAAUAUACGUAGCUAAGGUUUCAUAGAACUCACUGACUUCCUCUUUGUUGUUGUUGUUGGCCGGGAGAGAUAAUAAUUAAAGAGUUCUUCAGAA